AGCCAGAGUUGGCACUUAGACAAAGUACCCAAAAAAUAAAAACAAUUUCUCUCUUCUCUCUUCUCUCUUCUCUCUUCUUAGACUUCAAAGUCACUACUCUAGCCUUUUAUCAAAAUGAAGACUCAUGACUUCAUGAACGUUGAGUCUUUCUCUCCCAAGGUUAGACCGAUUCGCCUUUUCGGAUUCGAGUUUGGAACUUCUCAUGAAGAAUCUGAGUCCAGUGAAAGCAUUAACGAAGUCAAUAAUACCACUAACAAUAAUAAAGACAAGAGGUUCAACUGCCACUAUUGCAGCCGGAAGUUUCCUACUUCACAAGCCCUAGGCGGCCAUCAAAACGCCCACAAGAGAGAACGUCAACAAACCAAACGCUUCCACCUCCAUUCAAACGCAGCCGCUUUUUUCCACCGUAACCAAUACCACUUUGCUGCUUCUAGGUUCUUCGAGGGUCAUUUUAGCCUUGAAGCUGCUCGCAUCAAUGACGCAAGAUUAGGGUUAUUGCGUAGGUAUAACUCAUCAAAAAGUUGUGAUGAUCAUGACCGUACAUCUUACCAGAGUAGACCGACGUACGGUGGUGGUGGUGGUAAGAGCAGGCAUGAUUUAUUUUACGAGUCCAAAACGAAUGUAACGGACCACGUGAGUUUGGAUCUACGCCUCUAGUUACCUUUAUUAUAUCUCUAGAUUUUUGGUAUUGUUUACCUAUGAUUUUUCAAUAGAGAUAAUAUUUUACGGUUAAACUAGUUCAUGCAGAUGAAAUAAAAUAACUCUCAACGUGUUACAAACACAAAUGAAAUGUUAAGUUAGUCAUAGAGAGUUAACUGGAUUUUAUUUUAUUUUAAAAUAAUGUGAAAUAUGUA